AUGGCUCAGUUUAAGAACGUCCUUAUCAUUGGAGCUUCUGGCUUUUUUGGCAAUCUUGUGCUAGAGGCUCUCCAGAAAGACUCGGACUACACAUUAACGCUCUUGCAGAGGACAUCAUCUAAGACACGUUUGCCGGAACAUCUGAACAUACUCACCAUCGCCGACUCAUACCCAAUUGAGGAACUUACUUCCGCAUUCGAGGGGCAGGACCUCAUUAUCAAUUGUAUUACAACGCUGUCGGUGAAGGACCAAUACAGAAUGGUAGAUGCCGCUAUCGCCGCGGGGGUCAGACGCUAUGUCGCCAGCGAAUACGGGCUAAACAACAUGAACCCAAAAGCACAGGCCCUCAACAAUGUCUUCGCGGACAAGGGGAAAGUCCAAAGCUAUCUACGUGCGAAAGGCGACGAAGGCCAGAUCGAGUGGAUGAGCAUCUCUUGCGGGAUAUGGAUCAAGUGGGGGAUGGCGCACGACUUCGUCGGCAUGCACGUGCGAGAGCGCCGGUUCGUGUUCUGGGACGACGGCGAGGGGUUAUUCUCCUGCACGACCGAGGAGAACACCGCCGCUGGUCUUGUUUCGGCGUUGAAGGUCCCCGAGGAGACGAAGAACAAGAAUCUGUUUUUGAGUGAUUUCGCUAUCAACCAGCGACAGCUUUUCGAUGCGAUUGAGAGAAUCCAGGGUAUCAAGUACCAAAUCGAGACAAUCGACAGUGAGAAGCUCAUCGCGGAGAAGAAGGAGGCGGAAAAACAGGGCGAUGGAUCCGCGACGAUGGCACUCAUUGAAACAGGAUUCGUAACCGGCAAGUUUGGCGGGCAUUUAGAGAAAGAGGGUGUUAUUAUGAACCAAAAGCUUGGGCUUCCUGAGCGUAUACUGGAUGAGGUCGUGGCUGAUGCUCUGAAGUCGCUGGGAGUUCUGUAG